AUGGAGCUGUUCGCGCGCGCGAAGGUGGUGCGGCUGAAGAGCUACCACGACAAGUUCCUGUACGCGGACGAGGACGAGGCGCACGUGACGCAGGACCGGGACGGGUCGUCGGCGAACGCGCGGUGGACCGUGGAGUCCUCGCCGCACAACCCGGGGGGCGCCAUCCGCCUGCGGAGCCGGUACGGGCACUACCUCACCGCGUCCGGGGAGCCGUUCCUGCUGGGGAUGACGGGGCGGAAGGUGACGCAGACGCCGCCCGCCGCGUCGCGCCCCGCCAACGCAUCCGUGGACUGGGAGCCCGUAAGGGACGGCUUCCAGGUGCGGCUCCGGAGCAAGGCGGGACGCUUCCUCCGCGCCAACGGCGGGGUCCCACCCUGGAGGAACUCCGUCACGCACGACGUGCCACACCGCACCGCCACGCAGGACUGGGUGCUCUGGGACGUCGAGAUCGUGCAGCUCCUCACGCCGGCGCCGCCCGAGCGCACCGGCUCCGCGCCCGUCGCUAAGUUGCCGGACUCGCCGCCCGCGCCGGAGCUCAGCAAGCCGCCGCCGCAGACGCACGCGCCGCACCACCGGCCAUCCAAGUCCUACGCGGCGCCGCCGCCCACGCUGGAGCCCGAGGCGCCGCCGCCUCCGCCGCCCAAGCUCUCCAAGCUCGAGUCCUCUCUUUCUUUCCAGCCCCCCUUGCACAAGGUGGAGGGACGUGCCAUCCAUUACCACAUUGCAGACGAUCUGGGCAAUGUGGAUGACGGCACAGUUGGACACUCCUUCACAUUCAAUGGCAGCAACUUGGAGGAGCUCGCCCACAAGUUGCAAGAGGAGACGGGUCUGGAAGACAUCAUCAUAUGCACACGCAGUCCUAUCAAUGGGAAGCUCACUCCUCUCCGUCUGCAGCUGCCACCGAACAAUGCAGCAAUGCAUAUCGCGCUCGUCCAGGAGUCCUCAAAAGCAAGCAACCACCCUGUCUAUGAUAUCUGUGCUAUCUUAUUUGGCCUGUACUUUCAUGAUGUCAAGCACCAUUUUAAAGGGUACCGGGAGUGGAUGUCCGCAUAA